CAAAAGGGAGAGACAAGGGUUGCUGAAAAAUUUGGAAGUGGUGUUGAUAAACCAGAACCAAUUGCAGAGGCUACACCUUCAAUUUUGUGUAACGUCGACAAUGGAGUUGUGCUUGGAGAUGAAAUUGAUAAUGGAACUCUAUAUGAUUUUAGAAUAAAGAGCGGUAUUGAAACAGGGCCCAAGAUAAAAGAUGGUCCAAGGCCAGUGGAGAAUACCACAGAAGAAGCUAACAUUGUUGACAAGCUGAGCUCAGCACGAGCUUCAAAAUUAGAACCAAAACUUGAAAACGAGGCAAUGAUUGUGUCUUCACAUGAGCACGAGACAGUGCCUAAUGUGGGCUUUGGCAAGGAAAUAGAAACUAAAAAUAACAAUGAGAGUGCCAAUAAAGAAAACAACACCAGGAUGGAUAAAAGUCAGGGAAAUGAAGAGGCUGUGGAGAAAACUGAAACUCCCCCUCAAGAGCAAGCUCUCAAAACCCCUUUCGAUAUCGAAAAAAUUAAAUCUGGCCAUGUUGGAAAAGGAUCCAAAAGCCAGAAGUCCAAAUCAUCAAAGUCCAAUUCCAGGUCUCGACCCGGUACUGCCACAGGUUUGAGACCUGGAGUGCUUAGCCCACGACUAAGAAAAGGUCUUGCAGGUAUGGAAUCAGCAGGCCCAGCUGAAGGCAUUGAGUCCACCUGGCCCCGUCGAAUCAUGGUUCGAAAGAGAACUGUUCGGCAAGGUGGUGCAAUCCAUAACCUUCCCAUCCUUCCACCUCUUCCAUCAGUAAUUUCUGCCUUAGAGAAGCGCCGCCCACAUUCCCAUCUCCAUUUCCGUCCAGGCCAUCACUCAGAGAAUCCACUUUCGACAGAUCUUACAAUUUUUACAGGCCGCUGCUCACUAAAAGAGCCAUUCCAUCAAGAACAAGUACAGGGAGGAAAUUUAGUGGGCAGAGCGUCCCUGAAAGAGCAGAACCUGGAACACUGGAGGGUCUACAGAGACCAGGAAGAAUUCCGGAUAUGUAAAACCAGGGAAAAACAAGGCAAUAAGAUUGAGAAUAAUGAUGAGAAAGAGGGAAAAGAACAUGUUGGGGAAAUUGACAAGAGCUAUGAUAAAAUUAAAGAGAAUGGAAUAGGAAGGACAAGGUCCAUAGCUGGGAAGCAACAGGUGGAUGAAGUCAAGAAAGACCAUAUGAAAAUGAGCUCAGAGCAAAAAGCUCAAGAAAGUGGAAAUAAAAUCAAAGAAGUGUUACAAGAAAUGCAUGAUGAAGCAAUUUGCGACAACAUGGGAGCGAUAACUAUUAAAGAUAGAAAACAAGAGGAAGAGUUGCAAAUGCUGGAGGUGGUGGCACACAUGAAGAAUGAAGGUGUGUUGGAAGGAAGAGUUAAAGAAUCCUUUGGAGAGGAGCAUGAGAUGGAGAGUUGGGAUUCACUGCUCGAGAUGGUAAACACUAUAUGGGAUGAUGGCUGGGAGAAAGGAGCAGCAGGAGGUGAUACAGAUUCUUUGUCAGGGUCUCUUCAACGUUGGCCUCUCCUUCGGCCCCCAGUUGGCUUUGGAGGCUCCCAUCCUCCCUCCUCUGCAGCUUCUGAGCUCAGCUUGACAGAAUUAGAGAGGAGAGCGAGAGAGGUAGAUUCUGAUUUGGAGCACCUAGAUCUGUCUCAGAACCAUGGGGAUGCGCAGGAUUUAUACCAAACACUGCUGGAGUCUCAGAGGGAUCGUGCUGACAUGGACCAAACAAACCCAAGGCCACAGCGAGAGAAAGAGUCUUUCUUGGCAGGAGUGGGAAGCAGGUCCCAGGUCAGUCUUGAGUGCAGUGCCAUGGUCUUACCAGUUACUGUCACGGACAAAAAUACUACCGGAUGGUCAUUAAAAUCUCCUGCUGGGCCCCCCAUGGUGGUCACAAGCCCCAAUAAAGAGGACAGUUCUCCAGACUCCAACCUAACGCUGGAAUCUGACUCCAGUGGUGUCUUUCUCUCCUUAUCCAAUCAGAGCCAGGAGGGGGACUGCUCUGACAGCGACCAGCCAGUCAGUGGCUCCGACCUAGGUAGCAGCAAUACAUCACUGGAGAAGGACGGGGAUGAUGGAGGUCUAAAGGAAUGGGGCCGAGAUGAGAGUGCUGAACUCCAGUGGUGCUACCCCUCACUGCUCAGCACAACCCCUCAUGAAGAUGUGGAGGGAAAUAAGGAAAGAGAAGGGAAUAUUUGUGGGUCGGGAGAUGUAGAGGAAUCGAGAGGGAGAGAUGGGGAUGGAUGCCGAAAUGAAGAAGGAGGACUAUUUUCAACGUAUAAGUCCACACCGGACCACACAGAAACAAGUCAGUAUGAAGCAAUGCCACUGAGAAGAAAAGUUACCGUCAUGGUAAAUGACCCACUUUUUCCACCUUCUCCCUUGAAGCAACCCAUCAAAAAUCUAAUUGAUCCUUAUCAUAAACCAAUUAGAAGCUCAGGACUGGACUGUAGUGACAUAGAUCCAUUUGCCCAACCAGAUAGCUUUGUUUAUCUUGCUGUGUCUGCAAGACCUGGCCCAUACCGAGAGAUCUCCACUGUUACAGAUUACUCCGCUCAUGACAUAAAGCAAGAGAGCAUGCACCAACACUUUGACCACAAGAAACCACACAUGGAGCAGUCCAACUUGGAACUGGAUGCCAGGCCACAUCAUCUUGCCCCCCGUAAACCAGAAGAAGGAGAUUUUUUGUGCACUGACAGCUUUGUAUACCUAGCUGCUCCAGCUUGCCUUCUCUUAGGCCCGGAAGGAUCUACAUCAUAUAGUGGCAGGGAAUCAGACACUGAAAGUUCUGGUUCUGACCCUGUCGAUGAGUCUGUUUUGGGUUGCGGUUCAGUGGGAGGUGACAGCGAUUGGGACUCGGACCUGUCCGAUUCAGGUGCGAGUCGCCCCUCUCUAGUUGCUGCUGCAGGGGCUAAAUCUUCUGCAUUAGCACGACCCAAAAGGCUGCCAGCAGAGCCACGUUGGGAUUCAUUUGGAGAAACCACAGAACCUGAGUUACCAGAUGAGCCAGUCAUUGAACAAGACCAAGACAACAAACCAAUAAGGGGUCCUGUUGGAUUGGCAAACUUGGGCAAUGCAGCUGCUGCAGCAACAAUAACACCAACGACUGCAGCUGGGCAGUCAUCAACAACCAAAAAGGUUACCUGGCAGUUCAAACCAUCUCAGAGGUCCGUCUGCACUGGAAGCAGGAAAGAGAAGAAGAUCAUAUCAUUAUCAUCAGCAUUUUCUGAGGCAAGGAUAACUGAACUUGCAGGAGGUAAGGAGCAUCAGCCUCCCCAUUCAUCUUCAUCAUCUUUAUCAUCAUCGCCAUCCUCCUCCUCUUCUGGUUGAACCUGGGCCUUUGGGAGAAGCUUUCAACGGCCAAGAUGAGUUGAUUCCAAAAAGAUAGAGAAGUUAUUGAACUUUCUCUAUCGAAGCGAUGGCUUGAACAAUCACAGCCAUUUUUUUUACCUGUAAUCUUUCAAUCUUGCAUCUAGCUUUUGCCAUUACCUUGUUCCGACUUUGCUAAAUAAAACUGCAUAAACAUUUCGCCAAAUGAUUAUGACAGUAUGUGAUGAAUUCAGUUAAAAGACUAUGAGAGACUGUGAGGAAAUACAGCCAGUGAAAGUUUCUACUGAAAGAAAUGCACAGUGUUUUUCAAAAUUAAAGAUAUCGAUGGACAAAUUUCCAGUAUUCAGGGUCGGCCUAUUGGGUUUAUUUUCAAAAUAGUCUUUUUAUUAUGUUGAAUGUUGAACAAACCAAUACAGAAGUAAUUCAACACUAUAUAUAGCGUGAGACAGAGAGAGGCUCAUAUUUACCUUAGUAAAUAAUUAGCAUUGUUCUUCACCAUUAAAUGGUAUGUGUGGGACUAUAAGCAGAGAGGCAAUCCAACUUAGUCACUGAUGUGUUUCUUUCCCUUAUGCUAAUUUACAGUAUAUGGAUGUAUUUCACUGCGAAACCUUUAAGAACUGACGGAAGUCAAGUUAAAGUGUACAGCGUAUUUUAUAAGAACAUUUAACAUUACAGUGUAUUUAACUCUGUGACCAAUAUAUUUUGAAUGUUGAAAUUAGAGCAUUGUAUUCUGUAUAGUAUGUGAUACAGUAAAUUUACAGAUAUGGAACAUUCUGGAAGAAUGUAUUAACAUUUCCUUUCAAUGUUUUGAUUACACUUGAAAAUGUGAAUGUAUUAAUGCUUACAGUUCCAUGUUAUAUCUGAUGUGAAAAGUGUUGACUGGGUGAUUUGUGUAUAAUGUGGUUUAUGAUAAGUUUAAUUUUUUUAUGAGACAGCCAGAUGCUAGUUAAGACUGCAGUUUUAGCCUUCAGAAGAGGUAUUACCAUUACCAUGAAAGGUAAUUUAAUUAAUGGCGCCUGAAAUGUUGGAAAGGGUUUGUCUUAAAAUGAUUGUAUUAGCUCAGAUAUUGUCAAACCUUAUCAAUAGCAGUAUUACAAACUUUCUUGCCCAUCACUCUUCUAACACUAAAUAUCGCUUUUGAGAAGUUGCCUUUCACAUCAAUAUGACAGCAUUAACGGUUUCAGUAACUCUAAUCUGACUGUUUAAAAAUGAAUUAAACCAAAAUUUUGAUGAAUUAGUUUUCAGGAAGUCAACAUGCGUCUACAUUUUAUCUUUUAAGAAUCAAACAUUUUUACUUUAAUUCUCGGUGUAUGUUUGGUUAUAGUCUCUUUGGCUUUAUGUGGCAAAAACAUACAUAUGAGAGAGAAGCUUCCGAUCCAACGUUUGAUGAUUAUAUAACUGCUAAUGGUGAUGGAAAACACAGCAAGCCUUUCCCUGUUCACGCUGGUGUCAAACAAGGUUGUGUGUUCACACCCACACUCUUUUGGAUAAUCGGGCCGUUUCACGGGACCUCUCCUGAAUCAUGGCGUUGACAUUCACUAUUGCUUUGAUGGAAAUAUUUCAGGCAAAAACAAAAGUAUGCAGCACAAUUGUUGCGCUCCAAUUUGAGGGUGACUCUUCUGCUCUGGAUUGGAUUACAGUAGAUGGACCAUGGAUUGGAGACAACUGUGAUUGCCUUGUAAUCUUUAUUGUUGAUCAUCAGAUCAAAACAUUGCGUUCAAUAUAUCUACUUGUUGUAAUGAUGCUCAUGCCAAAUGGACUGAUAUUUAGCUUCCCUCUAACAAAAUCGAUGGGGGAAGUGGAGUUAGUAGCUGGAGUAAAUUUUUCAUGGACACUCUGCAAAUAGAGGUUUAGAUUAUAUGGAAAUGUCAAAACAGCCAAUUGGACCUUAGACAAUGUGUGAAUUAGAAGAGUAGUAGGAGUUGCUUGACACAAUCAAGGGAGAGUACAAUGCUGCCAGAUUAAAUGUGAUGAAGGCAUAACUGAUGUAAAUCAGGUGCCUACAAAAUGUGUGUUCAUGGGCUGAAAGAAAAAUCACUUACAAAGCAUGUUGACAUUGUUAGACUGGACUGGUAAUAUGAAGUUUGAAGUUUUAUCUCUUGGGCGUCAGUUUAGGGUGACGUUAAAAAUUUAUUUUAAAUGUGAAUUAACUGUGGAGAUGCUACAUACCUUGCUUGAGGCUGACAUAUGGAUCAUGUGUGCUUUUCUACUCUGAAUAAAACAGAUUAAUAAAGUAUUGCCUCGUUCAAUGUAACCAAUAAGGUGCAAAAUACAGUCAUGUAAAAGUCUUUGACCAAAAUGAGCUUAUGACCUCUUGAACUGCAGUCAUUUAAACGUAGUGAAACAGCAAAUAGUAUAGUCAGGAAUUCACAGAAAAAAGCAAACCAAUUUGCACUAACAUUUUUAAAGGGGAGGUGCAGAAUAGGAUUGUGCUGAGGAUCUCUAUACAGAUGCAGAUACAAAAUCACAAAGCUCCAUGUUUUUAUUAAAAAUGUAUUUUAAAUGUGAAUUAACUGUGGAGAUGCUACAUACCUUGCUUGAG